AUGUCCUCUGCAGGAAGUGCAAAGAAGGAAUUCCUCGUCAUUAUCCCUGAUAAGCCUGGUAUGCAGGCUAAGAGGUUGGAGGUUAGACCCACACACCUCGCAAACAUCAAACCCCUCGUUGAGUCCGGGUUCUUGACUUCGGGAGGCGCAAUGUUCAACUCCCACCCCGCCGAAGGCGAAACGCCCUCGUUCAGAGGCAGCAUGGUCACCGCCGUCGCCGAGAGCGCGGAAGAAGUCCGCGAGGUGCUCAGUAAGGAUAUCUAUGCGCAGUCUGGGGUGUGGGAUAUGGAGAAGAUGGAGAUUAUUCCGUUUAAAUUCGCUGUGAGGUCGCCGCUGUAA